CAUCUUUGGAAAUUAUUUUAUUUGAAGCAAUUCAAGAAAAACUCAAUGGACGUGAUUGCAACUCUUCAGAGGAAGCAAUCUCACUUGGAAGCGGAGAAAUCGGAAUUCAAGAAGCUCAUGGAAGAAGCCUUGAGAGAACAAAGAGCGAUUGCCGAUUUCUACCAUGCUUCUAAGAGGACAGCUAAACGGAACACCGUGGAGCAUUGAUCCCUACUUGUUUGUAACAUCGACCUCUCAAUCUUAGAUCAUCUUUGUAUGCCUAGACGUAGUGAAUGUUUGUAUUUUGCUUACUGAUAGAAUCUCCGUCUCAUCAACCUCUACUUGACCUCUCUGCCUUCCUUUGUACAGUACGAGUCAUCCUCGUAUGCUGUACUCCCUUCCUUCCUUGUACUCCCUUCCUUCCUUGUACUCCCUUCUAGGAGCGUAG